GUCUCUCGCUACAACUGGUGUAUCAGAACUCUGCUGGAGAGUUGUCCACCACCACGGUAUCCUGUUUCCCUCAACCUUUCAACUCAAGAAAUGUAGAAGAACCCUUUGGGGAUUUAUGGGGAUUCCCAAAUAUUCCCACUGCACCCUAUAUGAUUGAUCAGACCCCAGUCAUCACCAAUGUUCCUUCAACAUCUGCAGCAUCCACCCCACUAGGAGCAUUUUUCUUGUGGGGCUUCCCAUUCAUUCCUACUGGAGCUUUUAUUCCUUGUAAAGAAUCAACAAAUCCAGCCACCACAACUGCCGCAACAACAACUCCAACCACUACGACUGCGACCACAACUGCUGCCACUACGGCAGCCGCUGCCACAACAACUGCAGCUGCCACUAUGACAGCUGCUGCCACAUCAACUGCAGCCGCCACAACGACAGCCCCUGCCACCACAAGUGCAGCCGCCACUACGACUGCGACCACAACUGCUGCCACUACGGCAGCCGCUGCCACUACAACUACAGCUGCCACUAUGACAGCUGCUGCCACAUCAACUGCAGCUGCCACAACGACAGCCCCUGCCACCACAAGUGCAGCUGCAACUACGACUGCGACCACAAGUGCAGCCGCCACUACAACAGCCGCUGCCACAACAACUGCAGCUAACACUACGAAAGCAGCUGCCACCACAGCAACAGCAGCCACCACCACAACUGUAGCCGCCACUACGACUACAGCAGCCACCACAAAUCAGGCUGGUACCACAAGAGCAGCAGCUACCACAACAACAACUGCUGCCACCACAACGACAGCCGCUGCCACCACUACUGCAGCCCCUGCCACCAUAACUGCACCUGCCCCUACGACAACAGCCGCUUCCACCACAGCUGCAGCUGCCACUAUGACGACAGCUGGUGCCACCACAACUGCAGCUGACACCACAACUGCAGCUGACACCACUACAACAGCCCCUGCCACCACAACUGGAGACACCACUAAGACAACCCAUUCCACGAAAGCUUUAGCCGCUACCAGAACAGCAGCCACUAAAACCACAAGUGCAGCCGCUACAUCAACUGCAGCUGCCACUAUGAUAACAGCCUCUGCCACUACAACUGCAGCUGCCACUAUAACAACAGCUGCUACCGCCACAACUAAAGACACCACUAAGACAAACCAUGCUACCACUACUGCAGCCCCUGUCACCCUAACUGUAGACGCCACGUCGACAACCCCUGCUACCACAACUGGAGACACCGCUAAGACAACCCAUGACACCACAACUUUAGCCGCUACCACAACAGCAGCCACAGCAACCACAAAUGCAGCUGCUACCACAACUGCAGCUGCCACUAUGACGACAGCCGCUGCAACCACAACUGCAGCUGCCACCACAACAACAGCCGCUGCCACCACUACUGCAGUCCCUGCCACCAUAACUAAGGAUGCCACUACGACAGCCCCUGCCACCACAACUGGAGACACCACUAAGACAACUCAUGCCACCACUACUUCAGCCUCUACCAACACAGCAGCCACUGCAAUCACAAGUGUAGCUGCUACCACAACUGCAGCUGCAAUAACGACAGACCCUGCCACCACAAAUGCAGAUGCCACUACGACUCCUACCACAACUGCAGCUUCCACUACGACAGCCUCUGCCACCAUAGCAACAGCAGUCACCAGCACAACUGUGGCUGCCACUACAACUACAGCAGCCACUACAACAGCAGUCGCUGCCACCACAACUCCAGCUGGUACCACAAGAGCAGCAGCUGCAACCACAACUGCAUUUGCCACCACUACGACUGCUACCACAACAGCAGCUGCCACCACGACGACAGCCGCUGCCACCACAACUGCAGCUGCCACCACGACAACAGCCGCUGCCACCACUACUGCAGCCCCUGCAACCAUAACUAAGGAUGCCACUACGACAGCCCCUGCCACCACAACUGGAGACACCACUAAGACAACUCAUGCCACCACAACUUUAGCCGCUACCAACACAGCAGCCACUGCAAUCACAAGUGCAGCUGCUACCACAACUGCAGCGGCAGUAACGACAGACCCUGCCACCACAAAUGCAGAUGCCACUACGACUCCUACCACAACUGCAGCUUCCACUACGACAGCCUCUGCCACCAUAGCAACAGCAGCCGCCACCACAACUGGAGACACCACUGCAACUACAGCAGCCACUACAACAGUAGCAACUGCCACCACAACUCCAGCUGCAGCCGCUGCCACCACUACUGCAGCCCCUGCCACCGUAACUAAGGACGCCACUACGACAGCCCCUGCCACCACAACUGGAGACACCGCUAAGACAACUCAUGCCACCACAACUUUAGCCGCUACCACAACAGCAGCCACAGCAACCACAAAUGCAGCUGCUACCACAACUGCAGCUGCCCCUAUGACGACAGCCGCUGCAACCACAAUGGCAUCUGCCACCACAACAACAUCCGCUGCCACCACUACUGCAGUCCCUGCCACCAUAACUAAGGAUGCCACUACGACAGCCCCUGCCACCACAACUGGAGACACCACUAAGACAACUCAUGCCACCACUACUUCAGCCUCUACCAACACAGCAGCCACUGCAAUCACAAGUGUAGCUGCUACCACAACUGCAGCUGCAAUAACGACAGACCCUGCCACCUCAAAUGCAGAUGCCACUACGAUUCCUACCACAACUGCAGCUUCCACUACGACAGCCCCUGCCACCAUAGCAACAGCAGUCACCAGCACAACUGUAGAUGCCACUACAACUACAGCAGCCACUACAACAGCAGCCGCUGCCACCACAACUUCAGCUGGUACCACAAGAGUAGCAUCUGCAACCACAACUGCAUUUGCCACCACUAUGACUGCCACCACAACUGCAGCCGCCACCACCACGACAGCCGCUGCCACCACAACUGCAGCUGCCACCACGACGACAGCCGCUGCCACCACUACUGCAGCCCCUGCCACCAUAACUGCAGACGUCACUACGACAGCCCCUGCUACCACAACUGCAGCCACAUAUACGACAGCCCCUGCCACCACAGCAACAGCAGCAGCCACCACAACUGUAGCCGCCACUACAACUACAGCAGCCACUACAACAGUAGCAAUUGCAACCACAACUCCAGCUGGUACCACAAGAGCAGCAGCUGCAACCACAACUGCAGCCGCAAUGACGACAGUCAUGGGCACCACAACAACAGCUGCCACUACCACAACACCUCCUGCCACCACAACUUUAGCCGCUACCAGAACAGCAGCCACUGCAACCACAAGUGCAGCUGCUACAUCAACUGCAGCUGCCACUAUGAUAACAGCUUCUGUCACUACAACUGCAGCUGCCACUAUAACAACAGCUGCUACCGCCACAACUAAAGACACCAAUAAGACAACCCCUGCAACCACAAAUUUAGCCACUACAAGAACAGCAGCAACUGCAACCACAAGUGCAGCUGCCAGUACAACUGCAGCUGCCACUACGACAACAACCCCUGUCACCAUGACAGCAGCCACUGCCACCACUACUGCAGCCCCUGCCACCAUAACUGUAGACGCCUCUACGACAGCCCCUGCCACCAUAACUGGAGACAACACUAAGACAACCCAUGACACCACAACUUUAGCCGCUACCACAACAGCAGCCACAGCAACCACAAAUGCAGCUGCGACCACAACUGCAGCUGCCACUAUGACGACAGCCGCUGCAACCACAACUGCAGCUGCCACCACAACAACAGCCGCUGCCACCACUACUGCAGCCCCUGCCACCACAACUAAGGAUGCCAUUACGACAGCCCCUGACACCACAACUGGAGACACCACUAAGACAACUCAUGCCACCACUACUUCAGCCUCUACCAACACAGCAGCCACUGCAAUCACAAGUGUAGCUGCUACCACAACUGCAGCUGCAAUAACGACAGACCCUGCCACCACAAAUGCAGAUGCCACUACGACUCCUACCACAACUACAGCUUCCACUACGACAGCCUCUGCCACCAUAGCAACAGCAGUCACCAGCACAACUGUGGCUGCCACUACAACUACAGCAGCCACUACAACAGCAGUCGCUGCCACCACAACUCCAGCUGGUACCACAAGAGCAGCAGCUGCAACCACAACUGCAUUUGCCACCACUACGACUGCUACCACAACAGCAGCUGCCACCACGACGACAGCCGCUGCCACCACAACUGCAGCUGCCACCACGACAACAGCCGCUGCCACCACUACUGCAGCCCCUGCAACCAUAACUAAGGAUGCCACUACGACAGCCCCUGCCACCACAACUGGAGACACCACUAAGACAACUCAUGCCACCACAACUUUAGCCGCUACCAACACAGCAGCCACUGCAAUCACAAGUGCAGCUGCUACCACAACUGCAGCGGCAGUAACGACAGACCCUGCCACCACAAAUGCAGAUGCCACUACGACUCCUACCACAACUGCAGCUUCCACUACGACAGCCUCUGCCACCAUAGCAACAGCAGCCGCCACCACAACUGGAGACACCACUGCAACUACAGCAGCCACUACAACAGUAGCAACUGCCACCACAACUCCAGCUGACAACUCAUGCCACCACUACUUCAGCCUCUACCAACACAGCAGCCACUGCAAUCACAAGUGUAGCUGCUACCACAACUGCAGCUGCAAUAACGACAGACCCUGCCACCUCAAAUGCAGAUGCCACUACGAUUCCUACCACAACUGCAGCUUCCACUACGACAGCCCCUGCCACCAUAGCAACAGCAGUCACCAGCACAACUGUAGAUGCCACUACAACUACAGCAGCCACUACAACAGCAGCCGCUGCCACCACAACUUCAGCUGGUACCACAAGAGUAGCAUCUGCAACCACAACUGCAUUUGCCACCACUAUGACUGCCACCACAACUGCAGCCGCCACCACCACGACAGCCGCUGCCACCACAACUGCAGCUGCCACCACGACGACAGCCGCUGCCACCACUACUGCAGCCCCUGCCACCAUAACUGCAGACGUCACUACGACAGCCCCUGCUACCACAACUGCAGCCACAUAUACGACAGCCCCUGCCACCACAGCAACAGCAGCAGCCACCACAACUGUAGCCGCCACUACAACUACAGCAGCCACUACAACAGUAGCAAUUGCAACCACAACUCCAGCUGGUACCACAAGAGCAGCAGCUGCAACCACAACUGCAGCCGCAAUGACGACAGUCAUGGGCACCACAACAACAGCUGCCACUACCACAACACCUCCUGCCACCACAACUUUAGCCGCUACCAGAACAGCAGCCACUGCAACCACAAGUGCAGCUGCUACAUCAACUGCAGCUGCCACUAUGAUAACAGCUUCUGUCACUACAACUGCAGCUGCCACUAUAACAACAGCUGCUACCGCCACAACUAA